UUUUUCUUCACUCUAUAAAUAUCAACUCACCUCAGCUCACCUCAGCCACCCCAACAAAACCCCAAAUUUCCACUCAAAUCGCCUCCAUCCAUUCACAAAAAUGGAAGUUGUUAAGGAGGAGGGCGACCCCGGCGUAUGGGAAGGCUACGUCGACUGGCGGAGGAGGCCGGCCGUGAGAGGGCGGCACGGCGGCAUGAGGGCAGCUGGGUUUGUGUUAGGAGUGGAAGUACUCGAGAAUUUAGCGUUUUUGGCUAAUGCAAGCAACUUAGUGAUGUUUUUGAGGAAGUACAUGCAAUUUUCACCGACGAAAUCCGCUAACCAUGUCACCAAUUUCAUGGGCACUGCCUUCCUUCUCGCCCUUCUUGGUGGCUUCCUCUCCGAUGCCUUUUUCACCACUUAUUACGUCUUCCUAUUCUCCUCUCUUCUCGAGUUUCUGGGGUUGGUGAUUCUCACGGUGGAAGCGAAGGCGGCAACGGCGGCAUCGGCGGCGGUGGUGUUCGUGGGGCUGUACCUGGUGGCGGUGGGGGUGGGGGGGAUAAAGGGGUCGUUGCCGGCGCAUGGGGCGGAGCAGUUGGAGGAGGGGACGGCGGAGGGGAGGAAGGGGAGGUCGAGUUUCUUCAACUACUUUGUGUUUAGUUUGUCGUGUGGGGCGCUUGUGGCGGUGACGUUGGUGGUGUGGAUGGAAGACAACUUGGGGUGGGAGUGGGGGUUUGGAAUCUCAACCAUCGCUAUUUUGGUGUCUAUUCCUUUGUUCCUUGCUGGUUCCUGUUUUUAUCGUAAUAAGAUCCCCGCUGCUGCUCCUCUUACCACCAUUCUCAAGGUAUUGGUAGCGGCACCUUUGAACGGUAGAAGGAGAAACAAAACAGCAUCAAACGCAGUAGCAAGCAUGACAAGAAGCCCAUCCACCACAACCCCAAAGCCAACCAAGGAGCCAACACACACCACACCACCACCAACCCAAACCCUCAAAUUCCUAAACAAAGCAAUACAAACCCCACCCUUCCACCCAUCACUAAGCUGCACAACCCAACAACUUGAAGACGUCAAAAUAGUGUUAAAACUCCUCCCAAUCUUCGCAUGCACUAUAAUCCUCAACUCCUGCCUCGCUCAACUCUCCACCUUCUCGGUCGAACAAGCCUCGACUAUGAACACCAAAAUCGGAUCCAUCAAACUCCCACCCGCUUCUCUCCCUAUCUUCCCUGUACUCUUCAUCAUACUCCUCGCCCCACUCUACAACCAUCUCAUAAUCCCCUUCGCUCGCACCCUCACCCGAACCGAAUCCGGUAUCACUCACCUCCAACGCAUUGGCGUCGGCCUACUUCUCUCAAUUGUCGCCAUGGCCAUCGCCGCCCUCAUCGAGGUCAAGCGCAAGGCUAUUGCGGACGCACACCCGGCCGCCCACCCGCUCCCCAUCACGUUCCUUUGGAUUGGCUUCCAGUACUUGUUUUUGGGGUCUGCUGAUUUGUUCACGUUGGCGGGGUUGUUGGAGUUUUUCUUUACCGAGGCUCCUUCUACCAUGAGGUCUUUGGCUACGGCUCUCUCUUGGGCUUCAUUGGCGGUUGGCUACUAUCUAAGCUCCGUUAUUGUGUCCCUUGUCAACCAUGUCACUGCCAAGUCUUCCCACUCGCCUUGGCUGUCUGGCCAAGACAUCAAUCACUAUGAUCUUCAUAAGUUCUACUGGCUCAUGUGUGCGCUUAGUGCAUUGAAUUUCUUGCAUUUCCUUUUUUGGGCCAUCAAGUAUAAAUAUCGGUCCACCCUAGCGAGCAAGUGAUAUGCUAGGAUGCUAUGUUAUGUUAUUGUAUCUUUCUCGAUACUUAAGCGUUCAAUAUAUUAUAUACAGAUAUAAACGUUUUUUUUU